GCUGGUGAAUGAGGUGCUCAGCAAGGUGAUCGGCGAUGAUACGGCAACUUGGCAAGAGCGCACCAGGAUCGGUUGGACUUAUAAUCCUAAAAUAGCCUCCAAGUUGUGCAGGCCGGCGGAGACAUUCUGCUAGUUCGACGUGGCGCAGUGGAUGGAAAGCUUCCAUCCGGAGCAGUGUCCUUGCAGGUCACGGAGAUACAUGGACAUGCGCAGCAAUUGGUCGAUUGAGUUGCUCGAGAAUGAGGGUUGCACGCACGUUAUUACGGUGGACUCAUCAAUCACGGAUAGCCCGCUUCUGCAGGGCAUCAUCAGGGCUGGCCUCAACCAUAUCCCGUGCAUGGCCUUGGAUGUGGAGGAGGCGAGCGUCGAGCUGGGGAACUGUCUGGACGAACUAUUCGCACGGGUAAUGGAGCUGAGCGACCUCAAUGCCUCUACCAAGUCGUUUCUUCGAAGGGUCAUUAUGAAGAAAGCGAAGGCAAAGAUGGAGAAGUACAAAGCAAAGCACAGGCAUGUUGCUGCCGAACCGUUCGAGCACCCGGCUGUCAAGAGGGAGCUGAAAUUCAUAACGGGCAGAUUCCUUAUCUGGCCCACAGACAAGGCGCCCAACACUCCGGCCUUUGUGUGCAAGAACUUCGUGCGGAAGCUAGCAUUCCAGAGGCUCUCCGGUCCCGAAUUCGCCAGCAUCAGCGUACCGCCUGCGGUCGUCAUCGCACGUAUACGUGGCGAACUCUCUGCUCUGCCCGCGCUCCCCACCGUGCCAGCAGCACUCCCGUACCUCAUGACGGUUCUCAAAGCACACAAGGGGACUUUCCGUUGGAUCACAAACACUGCCAACACCAUCAUCUCCCCUGCCGCGGAGGUCUGUGCCUGUUUGCGGAGGUUCCUGCUUCCGCUGGCGCAGGUCUUUUGUCAAGAGAGAAGCUUGGAAGUGGAGGAGCGGUAUAGAGUCAGGCCAAAUCUCUGGUGGGCCAUAGCCUCGGUGGGCGAAUUCCAUGCUAACCUUCCAGAGAAGGUUUACUCGGUGUUUACGGCCGACAUCACCAGAUGCUUCGAGACUAUCCCUACGGACGGUUCGGAGGAGAGUCUUCCCGCGGCGGUCAGGUUUUACGUACAGUGCGUGAUGCAAAUUCGAAGGGAGAGAAGUUCCUGCCAUGCCAUCCGCAUCAGGUUUGGACAGCAUGGCGGGAUAUGGCCUUCAUGGGAGGACAAUGAGCAACCGGAGGAGGAGGGUACGCUGCUAUUCAGGGAACGUGACAUUUGCUGGCUCUCGGACUGGUGUGUGGCCAAUAGCGUAUUGCGCAUGGGGGACUACGUUUGGAGGCAGGUGAAGGGGAUUCCUAUGGGACUGGCUUGCUCCCCGAUCUGGUGUGAUAUAUACUUUUUUAAGUAUGAAUAUCACGCCAUGAUGAGGUUGGCGGAUACCGGGAAUGCCCAUCUGAUCCCGUGCUUUGAUUGCACGUUCAGAUACAUUGACGACCUGGGGGCAAUCAACAAUGCUGUCAUCGGCAGUUUUUUGCGCAAGAAGGGCGAAAGAGAGGCGGGGGACCCAUGCUGGAUCUACCCGGAGGACUUCAUCGAGAUCAAGGAGAACACGGCGCUGAAGGAGGAAGGGUGCGGUCGCAUUGCUAACUUCCUCAGUCUCACCAUCACGGUCACCUCCCCGAUCGCGGGAUCCUACGCAACCAAAAGGCAUGAUAAGCGCAGCGGACUGGGCUUUUCUCCGUGCCAAUUCAUCAGGUAUAAGUCCAACAGGAGUGUCAAGCAGUUGCUUUAGAUCAUCACUGCGUAGGUUGCGCAGAUCCUCCUACUCUGUUCAGAACCAGAAGACGCUGCCAACGA